GACGAGGCGAGAGCGAGUGAGCUCCCAAUCUGUGUGUGAACUCCCCAGUUGGGGAAAGACGGAGCAAUAGCGAAAAACCCCCUAAUCCCCCCCAAACUAAAUCCCUAGGUUUUCCCCUCUUCUAGCAGCAGCAGCAGCAGCAGCAGCAACCGGCGGCCGAUAAACCGUCGGAAGGAAGGUGAGAUGGAUCAGCCUGGAGAUCACGAGUAUGACCAGGAGCACGAGGAAGAAGAGGUUUACGGCGGCGAAAUUCCUUAUGAGGGAGACAUGGAAGACGACGUCGACAUGUCUUCCAGACCUGAAGAGGACGAGAACACUGAGCGCAGUGCCAAGCAGGAAUUGGAGGACAUGAAGAAGAGGCUGAAAGAGAUUGAAGAAGAAGCUGGUGCUCUUCGUGAAAUGCAGGCUAAGGUCGAGAAAGAGAUGGGCGCUGUCCAAGACUCCUCGGGUACUUCUGCAUCUCUGGCUGAAAAGGAGGAAGUGGACGCCCGCUCAAUCUAUGUUGGCAAUGUAGAUUACGCUUGCACUCCAGAAGAAGUUCAGCAGCAUUUUCAGUCUUGCGGAACUGUCAAUAGAGUGACAAUUUUGACAGACAAGUUUGGUCAACCUAAGGGUUUUGCAUAUGUCGAGUUUGUGGAAGUGGAUGCUGUGCAGAAUGCCCUCCUGCUAAAUGAAUCUGAACUGCAUGGGCGUCAAUUAAAGGUCUCUGCUAAGAGAACAAAUAUUCCUGGCAUGAAGCAGUUCCGUGGAAGGCGGCCCAACCCUUUUUUCAGAUCCCGAAGGCCUUUCAUGCCGGUUCCCUUCUAUCAACCAUAUGGGUACGGGAGGGUUCCCAGAUUCAGGCGGCCAACACGGUACAGACCAUACUGAUGCCCCGGUUAUGGGUGGUGGUGUGGCCUAUGCUCACGGGGGAAAGAAAAAGGAGUAGAGUUUGCGUUGGUGAUUCUGUAAUUGGCCUUCAGAUAAUAUAUUCUAUCGCUGGGAGCUCGCUAUGGAUGGAUAAGAGAUUUUGCAUUCAUAAUUUGAGGUGGUGGGGAAUGCCCAUCUCUCUGUUUUGAUAUAAUGGAGCUCGGGGAGGAGAUUUAAGUGAGAUCAAUCUAUCUCUUUGUGCUGGAGAGGGCUAGUUGAGAAGUGCCGGAAGGGGUAGAGUAAUGUUGUGACCAUUUCCUAUAUUUCUGUUUUAGAGGAUUCUCAAUGAGUUUGGAUAUUGGAUUCGAGAGAUGGAUCAUGGAUGUGCUUGUUUCCAGAUGUUAACAUUUUAUACUCCCGCCUCGUUUCUCUUUUCUGCAGUCAUGUCGGACCUAAAAUUCACGCAUAGUCAUGGAAGUUGGAUCGAUUCAAUGAGUUUCCUAUCAUGUGAUUCGUAAGGAAAUUUUCGUUUGGAUGAGGAAUUGUAACGGAUUAAUUUGACAUAAUUGUUUAGUUUUGAGACAAUUGUACCAAAUUGCCUCGUUUGUCAACAAAAAAGUUGGAUGGAUCAAUCUGCAUGAGGUAUUUUGAAUUGAUCCAUUUCGAGUUAAUUUCAAUUAAUUGGGGUGUGGGUAGGUAAUUCGAAUAGAGUCGUUUUAAUUGCCUCGUUUAUAAAACAAGACAAUUAAUCAAAUUGACUCAUUUCUAAAUUGAUCCAUCCAAACGACCCAAAAUGCAUCAUAGUGGUCAUAAUCCCCAAGGGGUCGUUU